AAGCUGCGACUAGACACCCAACAACGUGUUUGUUGAAUUUUGAGAGCAAGAAGUAGCUUCAAGUAGUUCUGUCAAUAUCUAUGUUGGCGCAGAUAAAAUAUUAACCUUAAAAAAGUUGAAGAGAAGUUUUUCUUGUUCUUUGAUAUGCUUGAAUUUGCUGAGGCUGGAAGUUGAUCGUUGAAGACUAGAAAAAGCAUUGCUCAGGAAUACAUAGUAUGGGGGCUGGCUCUUCGGCGGCUGCCGAGCCGCCACCAGUGCCACAUGGAAGCAUCGUCAUAACGCAGCGGCUUCUGGACAAGAAUCCGAAAACGAUUUUUUUCAGCGCGGCAGACGGGCAAAUAGAAAGUGACGAGGGUAACUACUUGGAAGAGGGAUUUCCCGCUACUUUCCUCCAAGGUCAGUCCUCAAGCGCAGCAGCAGACAGUCCUGAGGAACAACGACAUCAGGCUACCGGAUUAUCGUCUUCAUCCGGAUCCAAAGCGGCGGGCGCAUUACAAGUGGCCUUGACAAAUGGCGCGAGCACGGUGAUAAUACCAGAUACACUUCCGGAGGAGAUGCAGCUCGAGCUUGUGCAGACCAAAAAUGAACUCGUAAGCCGCAUGAAUGAGCUCGAGAGAGAUAGGAUACGGGAGAAAACGGAGAAGCUCAGAGAGGUACAGCUUCCUUGCAGUAGAGGUCGAUUGUUCACAUCGAAGUGACGUAUUUGUAUUUUCGACAAUGCUUGUUGUUGUUUUUUAUGUUUUGACUUCUUCAUCUUAAUCUAUCCCUAUGCAACACCUCGUUUUUUCGCAAAAGGCACAGUAUAGGGCAGAUUCUUCGUUUCGAUUUCUACUCUUCUCUGCAAUAAAAUCACAUGACGAGGUACUCAAACUGGACACCUUGCGAAAACCGCGACCGCAUCCCUGCCCGCAGGAGGAAAAACUGGUCAUAAAUUGCCUCGACAUGGCCCAAGAUGUUUUACGUUGUGGCGAUUACAUAGACGCGUACCAACUGUGCGCUGCCAAGGUCGCGUGACACCAAGACAUGGCUACUUUUUCACAUUUGUAAUUGUAUCGCGAAAACUUUUUAUCUUCUUUUUUCAUUCGUUCGCCUCGUCCUUCAUGAUGUGAGCAAUUUUUCUAAGGUUCAAUGAGCACGCUUUCUGCAGAGCAGCCUGCAGCUGCUAUCUUCUUGAACACUUCUGGAAAAACCAAGCGUGCGAAGCGUCGUUAUUCUGAUGUGGCUCAGGUUGAGUUUUGAUAUAAGCAGUAUCCACAUGAAUUGAUGUUUCGAUAGUGGAAACACGGAAUGCAAUUUUCUCCAACCAAAGUGAAUAGUGUUGAGCCACCAAGAAUGAAAGAAUGAAAGAGAG